GAUAAAAUUGACUGGUGGGCUGCUAUAAAAGUCAAAGCACGUUCUGUAAUUCAACUUCCAACACAAGAAAAUACACAACCUGCUGAUGAACCAUUUCAACAAGAGGAAAUGGAACACACUGCCAUAAUUAGAGAAAUUGAUGAUUCAACACAACAAUUAAAUGAUCCAACUGGGGAUGUUAUUGAAAUUGAUGAUGGUGAAGAAAAUGAUGAAGAUGAAACUAUAAUAGCAACAGAAACAGAUGAUGAUGAUGAUGAUGACUUAGAUGUAGAUAGUGAAUAGAAGGAUGAGAGGACGAGGACGCGGAUCUUCAUCACGGGGUCGAGGAGACCAUGGCAGGGGUAGUGUCCACACAACUGAAUCAGAAAAUGUCAAUCAAGAUUUGGUACAACACACUGCUUUGAUUCCUAGACCAGACCAGGGUGAGAGAUCCACACCGGGUGCUGCAUCAUCCACUCCUGCAUCAGUGCACACAUCUGCUACUGCCUCAGCACCCAUAGGUUUGCCACCUAUUGCAUCUACGGCUACAUCUGCAUCUGCUUCUGGUAGUUGUGCACCUACAGGGCUCAGACCACAUAUUCACUUAGUAAAUUCAGUCAUGCAGCCUUCUGAUCCGAUUGCUAGGCGGAUUACCUUGAUCUUCAAGGAAAAGUUAGUAGCAGAUGGAUUUUGUUGGAAGAAUGUACCAGAAGAGGUUAAAGAAUUCUAUUGGCAAGAAUUUAAGAAACACUUCUUAUGGGAGGAGGCAAUAGAACAACUGAUGAAGAUAGCUUGGAGGAAGAAAGCUGCCGAGCGAUAUCGUAGCCUUAUGUGUAGCGUAAGGAAUGGGAAGGAGAAGAGACUAUCACUGACAGAAGGAGUAAUGGAUGCAUGGCAAUUCGCUUGGGGAGCAACUGAGUAUAAAGAGAAAUGCAAAAAAUUCUCAAAUAACAGAAAGAGUGAAACAGGUGGGCAAGGUGCUGGCCCAUCAAGACAUUGUGGAGGAUCCAUAUCUCAGUAUAGGCAUCAACAACAGAUGCGCGAAAGACUAGGCAGAGAUCCUCUACCUCAUGAGUUAUUUGAGGCUACGCAUAAGAAGAAGGGUUCCUCAGAGUUUGUUGAUGCACGCUCAAAGUCCAUUCAUGAUCGCUUUCUGACUUUGAAAGAGCAAGCAUCACAGACAGAUAAUGACAGUAGUCAGGCAUCCCGCGUUGAUGAGGCUCAGUUAUACUUUGAGGCAGUAGGUGGAGAGAAAAAAAGAAGGGUGUACGGUCUUGGAUCACAGGCUUCAGUUUUCUUCCCAAACAAGACUUCUGCUAAUACAUCCUUCACAUCAGCUCAGCAAAAUCAGGAUCUUCAAGAUGAAAUGGCUGAUCUCAGACGCAAGCUACAGGAGCGUGAGGAUAAUGAACAAGCAUUGAUUGAGCAAAAUGUGCGGAUUACCUCUGAGCUCUCACAGGUGAAGGAUUUACUUAUGCAGCUUGUGAGUGAAAGACAAGGCAACCAGCCUUCAGCUCCCGGUGAGGGAACUUCUGCACAGCCUGCACAGCCUGCACAGCCUCCUUAUCAAGCAGAUGAAACAAAUGAUGAGGACGAGGACGAGAACACUACACAUUUAUAGUUUCUUUUUUCAUUACACAUAUGUACUAGGAUAAUAAAGAAUUUGUUAAUUUUUUGAGUUUAAAAUUGAACAGCUGGAUGUUUGGAUAUAUGUUUGAU